AUGAGUCAAGAUGAGGAAAACAGUAUGAACUUGACAUGGAAUAUUGUGAGGCCUGUAGUCUGCAUAAUACUGAGUUUGUCAUUUAUUAUUGGGGCCCCUGGAAACUGCAUCGUCAUCUGGACUGUUUGUACAAAAAUGAAGCAAGUAUCUCCUUCGGUCCUGCUGAUCUUGAACCUUGCCAUUGCUGAUGUCCUUGUACUGAUCACAUUACCAAUUUGGAUUUACUCCUUUGCUGAUUCAUGGGUUUUUGGGGUCAUCUUCUGCAAAAUACUGGUUUUCAUCAUUUACUGCAGCAUGUAUGCUAGUAUAUUUCUAAUUACAACGCUGAGCCUGGAGCGAUUAAUGGCUGUGUUUUACCCUUUCACAAUGCAAAGAUACAAAACAAAAGGAAGAAUUUACUUCAUCAUGUUCCUCAUUUGGUCCCUGUCUGUCGCUUUCGGCAUUUCUGUCAUUCCAUUCCAAGAGACAGAAGAAGUGAACGGUCGACCACUAUGCACGUGUCGCAACUACUCUUCUAAUAGACAGAAAGCCUCAUAUCUUUUGCUGGAGACUCUUGGGGGUUUUGUAAUCCCUUUUUUAAUUAUUUGCACUUGUUACCUGUGCAUUGCAAGAAGAAUAAGCAGAAUGACUUACCAAUCGAAGCAGCGAUCGGAGCGUCUCAUUGCCAGCGUUGUGGUGGCAUUCAUUCUGUGCUGGUUCCCUCAUCAUCUCUUCAACAUCCUAGAUAUUAUUUCAAUUGAAAUAGAACUCUCUAAUGAGGAAAUGUCUUUGGCACUGGAUGAAAUUGUAGACAGAGGAGUGUACAUCUCUGGAGCACUUGUGUUCUUCAGUAGCUGUAUUAACCCUCUGCUUUAUGCUCUUGCUGCACGAAGAUUUCGGAAUCACCUGAGAUUUGCCAAGAUAUCAAAGCUGUUUGAACAGAUGAGUCAGACUGUACCAGAGGAAGAGAAGAAAAGAAGUUUGGUUGUAGCCAGACAAGAAGGUCCUUUAGUAAGCACAGAAAAUCUCUAA